AUGAAGCUCCUCGUAACAUCAUUCUGGUUCUUCUCGUGCGACCUUCAAUAUGUCAAGGCAAGGGUGAGUGGGUUCGGUCCUGUGAACGGCGAUCCCAACGACCGAUUCUAUUAUCAACAAAAGGCUUAUCUUGAGGCCAUCUCUGUACCGAUGGCUUGGGGUAUCCUGGACUCUAUACCAAAGAGAACGCAGGUGACCAUCGCAGUUAUAGACGAUGGAAUCGAGGCAAGUCACCCUGACUUGAAGGGUACCGUCAUCAAGGGCUACAACGUCGUUGAUAAGAAUGAUGAUACCAGUCCUCGAGGACCACAUGGAACCCACAUGGCUGGCAUCAUUGGCGCUAUCAGAAAUAACAAGAUCGGUAUAGCGGGUAUUCUGAACGAUGUGCGUAUACUGCCCAUAUCUACGGGUGAAAUUCCGUAUAAUGUGGAUGGUGCUAAGGCUUUCAAAUAUAUCGUGCGUGAGACGAAAGGUGAUGUUAAAGUGGUCUUGUAUACGGUUGAUUUCACAGGACCCGUCCCAAUCCUGAUGCAGAGGAUUCACGCAGCCGCUGCAGCUGGCAUGCUCGUUGUGGUGACUGCAGGAAAUGAGCAUAUGGACAUGGACAAGAUCAAAGACUAUCCUUGUUCCGGCCGUAAACUACACCGUGAAGGAAUUAUCUGUGUGGCAGCCACAGAGGGUACCGAAAUGCAGCUUCACGACGCGAGUAAUUUUGGCUCAGCUGUUGACAUUGCCGCUCCAGGUUACAAAAUAUCUACAACCCAUCUUGAUGGGCAGUAUUCUCAAGAUACGGGCACUUCGGCUGCCGCCGCUAUCGUAGCAGGUAUAGCUGGGAUGCUCUACAGCCUUGAACCUUCUCUGAAGACUAAGCUGACUCCUGCUUAUAUCAAAAGUAUCAUUAUGGAUACGGCCACCAAAGGUGUCAAGGACAGUAAAGGAGAAAAGACUCUCUCCUUCGGCCGCGUGAAUGCUGCGGCGGCUGUUAAUAAGAUACUUGGAAAAAGGACCGUAUAA